AUGCGGCCUGAUGACAUUAACCCGAGGACUGGGCUGGUUGUGGCCCUGGUGAGUGUCUUCCUGGUCUUUGGCUUCAUGUUCACUGUCUCUGGGAUGAAAGGAGAGACUCUGGGAAACAUCCCCCUCCUGGCCAUAGGGCCAGCCAUCUGCCUCCCAGGCAUCGCAGCCAUUGCCCUGGCCAGGAAAACUGAGGGAUGCACCAAGUGGCCCGAGAAUGAGCUGCUAUGGGUCCGCAAGUUGCCCUGCUUCCGGAAACCCAAGGACAAGGAGGUGGUGGAACUGCUGAGGACCCCUUCAGACCUGGAGUCGGGCAAGGGGAGCUCAGAUGAACUGGCAAAGAAGGUGUGCCUCAGGGGGAAGCUCCCCCUCCAAGGGCAGGGCGAGGUGCCUAUGGUCAGCUCCAUCACCACCCCCACACCCGCGGAGGAAGGAGAAUGCCAGAGCCGGGUCCAGAGAGGGCAUCGGGAGGAGCCGUCCAGACACCUGGAUGGCUACUGUCCCUCAGGCAGUUCCCUCACCUAUAAUGCGUUGGAUGCCAAGUGCUCAGCCUGGGACAGGUCUGAGUGCCCUGAGCCUGAGGACAGCAUCUUCUUUGUGCCCCAGGACAGUAUCAUCGUUUGCUCCUACAAGCUGAACAGACCCUAUGAAAGAUACUGUUGUUACAUCAAUCAGAGCCAAGGCAUAUGGGACCAUGAGACGAUAGUCUAA